AACCAAACCUUGUUUGUUUGAGUCUCUCGCCGUUUCGUAUAAAGUGAGAAAGUAUCUUCUCUCUUGCCCAAUUCCUCUUUUUCAUAAUCCAAUCAAUCUCCGAUCGUCUUUUAGAGAGACGAAUCGACGAAUCCGUCAUCAUCGCCGACGGAAUCGUGGCGGCUGUGUAAAUUUUAUAUUAAUAGGCGACAACCCAAUUCGAAAGAGAUGGGGAAGAAGAGAAAAUCUACAGCGACGAGCCUCGAUGAGGUAGAUCGGACUGUUUACGCUUCGUUUCGCACCGCCGCAAACUCUUUAUCUCAGCUUUAUACUCAGUCUAUGAAUCACCAGAAACUAUCUUUUCAAGCCGGUGAACGCCAUGGUCUGGAAAAACUGUACCAAUGGAUAUGGAGACAACAAGAAGCAGGGUCAAGAGUGACACCUAUGGAUAUAGUUAAUUAUAUUCAGAGUGAGCUCGAAUGCUGCACAGAGGAGCCCCCAAUGUCCCCAAGAGCACCGCCACCGCAGCCAACAAUGCAUAUCACACAUUCUGGGCUCAUGGCCUCUUCAGGAACCUCUUGCCCAUUAGCUGCUCCAGUGGUUCGGUCUGAGCAAUGCGAGAACCAGGCCAAGAACUCGGUUUUCUCAAACGCCCUUUCAAGCCCAAUACGGCGUAGUCUUCAGAACUACCAAAUUCCGCAGGGAGGCUACACAUCUGGCGGAGCCAGAAGCAGUGAACUGAACAGGGGAUCUAACUCUCCAGGUUCUAUUGAUUCUUCAAUGGAUAUGCAUGCAGAAUAAGAACUGUGAUCAUAAUACACUCUUGUUUAAUGAUGUUUGAUCUAUAUACAAAAACCAGUUUGAUUCUUCAUAAUGUAACAAUUGAUUCUUAUCUUGGAGGUGGUUUGUUGGUAUUUUGGUUAGAGUUUCUAAAUGGUCACAUGUAAAUCAUUGUGUCUGGUUCUUA